CAACGAAACACAAACUCAUAGUCCAGGCCAUGCUAAGUUAUGCAACCAAAUAUGAUGUUAUAGCAUCUGCUAACCCAGCAGGCUUGAGCUGACCAAGCUUAGUUUUCUAGGCAGGCUAGCUCUAGAAGUAAUCAAACACAUCCAUAGCAACGUAGAAGUAAUCAAACACAGACACUCAUGGAUAAUCAAUGUCACGUCCGUGCAUUUGCAACCACAGAUAUAUGGCAUGCUCCUCGGCGGCGCCCAAGUUCACGGUGCGCAGGCGACCGGCGGUGCUGGUGGCGCCGGCGGCCCCUAUGCCUCAUGAGCUGAAGCACCUCUCAGAUAUUGAUCAGCCCGACUUUUUGAGGUUCCAAGUCCCCGUCAUCCAGUUCUACCGGAGGAACGAGUCCAUGGGCGGCAAGGACCCGGUGCGGGUUAUACGGGAGGCUCUCACCAAAGCCCUUGUGCCCUACUACCCGUUCGCUGGACGGCUUCGGGAGCACCAUGGAUGGAAGCUCGCCGUCGACUGCACCGGUGAGGGGGUUAUGUUCAUCGAGGCCGACGCUGACGUUGGCCUUGAGGAGCUCAUCUUUGACGUCCCCGGCUCCUCUGCCAUCCUCAACACUCCCCUCCUGCUCUUCCUGGUGACGCGACUUGCUUGUGGAGGAUUCAUCCUUGCGGUCCGUCUGAACCACACCAUGGCCGACGGACUAGGGCUGACGCAGUUCUUGGGCGCGGUGGCAGAGCUUGCGCGUGGUGCGCAGUCUCCGUCCGUGCUGCCGGUGUGGAAACGGGAGCUGCUGGAGGGGCGCAACCAGCAACAAACGGCGCUGGUGCAUGACAAGUCGGACGAGGUGCUGGGUAGUGUCACUGACACCAAGGCCAGCAGUACCAUGCUUCCGUCAGAUAACGCGGCGCUCCAGGUUCGCUCCUUCUUCUUCGGUCAACGAGAGAUCGCUGCUAUUCGAGCCCAGCUCCCGCCGGACCUUCAGAAGCGUUCCACAAAGUUCGACACCAUCGCGGGCUGGAUGUGGAAGUUCCGCACGGUGGCCUUGGCCCCGGACCCCGACGAGGUGAUGCAGCUGAUGGUGGUUGUCAACGCCCGUGGUCGCAACACCGCCGAGGUCGGCAUCCCCGUCGGCUACUACGGGAAUGCGAUUGCGAUCCCGGCCGCCAUAUCGACGGCCGGGGAGCUCUGCACAAACCCCUUGAGCUACGCCGUUGAGCUGGUGAGGAAGGCAAAAAAUCAGGUGGAUAUGGAGUACAUGCGGUCAACGGCCGACGUCAUCGCACUGCGCAGGGGCCAAAGUCCGCCCCUUACCGCGGGCAUGUAUUAUCUGGCUGACGAAACCAAGGCCAGGUUUCACGACCUCGACUUCGGAUGGGGCAAGCCGGUGUAUGCGGGGCCGGCGGAAGAUGUCCCCUUCCCGUCCUUUCCCUUGCUGUUCAGCUUCCUCUUAGCCUCCAAGAACGCCAACGGGGAGGACGCCAUCGUGGUGCCGAUCUGCCUGCCUGGCCCUGCUAUGGAUAGGUUGGUGGAAGAGAUGAGCAACUGCGCCCAUCAGCCGAUGUGAUCCCCCGCUGCUGCACCAGCUAGCCUCACGUAUUCCCAGUCAAGAGGUCAGCGCUCUCAAAAAUUCGCCGUAUUGGCUGGCUGGCUACGACCGAAAGGAAAUUAAACUUCAUCUCUCGUCGCAUACUCGCAUGUGGAUGGAAUGCAGUGGUACGCUACUGUAUGGUUGUCUCAAGUGUUCUAUUUGUUCUACUCCGUGUUCUCAAUAAAAUGUAAAUGAAUCGUUCAUCAGUUAAUGACUUGCACGCGUGUUUGUUGCAUAUAUAUAAAGCGGAAUGAAAGCAUGCUGUCGGAAUCCCUCUUGCGCUCA